UCAUAACUUACCCGCUGAGAUUGCAGCAUAUCGGUUGAUAAGAUGGCAAGACCGCUAUUAAGCAAAGGCCUUGGCCCGAAUGACCAACUGGAUGAUACAGGAUCUGUUACGCCUAGAAGACCACCUCCCAGCAAUGACGAUCCUAGCAGGUCAAUCACAGCCUGUCAAAGAUGUCGCGACCAUAAGCUAAAAUGCAAUCGGGGACGACCUAGUUGUGUCCGAUGCAGAAGACUGCACGCUGACUGUUUCUAUCCUCCUCCGACUAACCGCAAACGCUCAAGAAUUGAACAUAAUCUGACACAGCCGGCACGUUCGGCUCAUUUUCGUACGAGCAGAAGACUUGCGGCGAUCAAGACCAUUCAGAGCGUUUCUGCAGCACAACAUGAGGACAGGAACUCCUCUUUUGGGGGCAUUCAACCAGCAUCUAGAAGGACUCCAAUUUCAUUCGACUCUUCAGCGAUGAACAUCGAAGACGUAGAGCAUCGCUCUUCCGCUGAUCCACCACAACCUCAUAUCAUGACUGAAAGCCUAGCAGAUAUUUCAUCAACUACCUAUCCUGUUCAUCUACGCAACGACCAUCAAACCUCAACCCCAGCGGGUGUAAAUCAAGAUGCAGGAUCGUCAGCAUUACCGCCGCGAGUUGCGGGUCUAGCACUACUUGAGAUAUAUUUUUCUCGGGUGUACAAUGCCCACCUACUAUUCCACAAACCCCUUCUGUUUGAGGAGUAUAUCGAGGACACGGUACCAGACUACCUUUUGAAAGCCAUUUUUGCUUUGGCGUCAUUAUUUCUCGCACCGAGUAAAAGUCCAACUCGGGUGAGCUCAACUGAGUUUUCAGAGCUUGAGGCUCUGAGUGUCUUUCACAACCGUAGCCUACCUUGGGCGGAAGCCUCCAUGAGGGAAACCAUGUUACUGACGGUCCGAGAGCUUUCGUUGAAUAUGAUACAAACUCUGGAGUGCUUGGUGCUAUACUGGUUUGGUGUUGGGAAAUCUAGAAAUGGCGAUAUAUGUUUAGCCCUAGCUUACCGUAGUUGUUUUCUUUUGCAAUACGGUCAAUCGGGUGUGAAGAAAAACGGAGAACCCCAAACCGAGAUUGAAUCCGAGUUGAAACGACGAUGCCAGUGGGCUACUUGGGCAUCCAUGUGUAUUAGUGCGCAACCAGAAGCCCAUCUUCGCUCAGCAUGGUCUGAGAUGGCCAAUGUGCCCUUGCCCGGCCGUAUUCGAAACUCCCCAAAUGGCUGGCAGGUCACAGUGGGACAACAUAUGAAUGCGGAUUGGCGACCCGUAUGUCUCAGUGACAAUGAAGCAGCUAGCAGCCAGCCUGUGGUUGGCAUGGUCAUGAAGGUCAUCGGUAUAUGGGCAAAAGUUCAGAUAUUUGGUUCCGAAUACUCGACUCUCUUACCUAACCAAAGAUUUGAAACGCUGUCGGAUUUAUCAGAACGUCUAGAAUCACUCUGGGACGAAAGACCACAAUCGAAUCCUCUGGGCUGGAAAAGUCCCAAUGUCUCUGAAUCCGCGAAUCAGCUUUUGUUGUUUGAUGGCCUAUACCACAUGUGCAAGAUGACUCUGCAUUCAACCCUGGUGCCGCUCUUUUCAGGCUCACCAAAGGAUCCAUCAAUGGAAGUCGAGCUGGUGCAGAAGAGUGCAAAAUCAGUCUUGCGCUAUGCGGAUUUGUUUGUGGCCUUAUUGCGGCCCUACUUUGAUGGUUAUUACGACGUCACAUCCAUCUCCCCACAUUUAGCAUAUGGUGCCUUUAUGACAGGCCUUGUAUUUCUGUCAUUUGAAAUGUCGACCCGAAAUAAUCCAACAAUCGGGCCGCAAAUAAGUUGCGAGGUUCAUGUCCAGAAUGGCCGCAUGGCUCACGUCAAGGAUAUAAUUCGUCUCCUUGGCGUUCUUUAUUCUCAUUGGAAUGUCUUACACAGCGCAUUCGAAAAGUUGCGAGAGGCUGUUAAAGCGGUCACAUCUUCCAUCGAGUCGGAACUUCAAGCGCAAAAUCCUGUCAAUUCGAACGGGAUGGACAACGAGGAACAGGCGGUCAAUACUGCCAACAACGUCGAAGUUGGCCUAAUAUCUCCUUCAAACUCUCAGAACACCACGUCGGGAUCUUUCAACCAUCAAGAAGUCCAAAACGUCUCCGGUUCCGCAGUGGUACACUGGCCAUUGAAUCAGGAGAGGCAAGAAAUCCAGCCUCCUGUGGACAGUUCUGCCCCAUUGAUGGCCCAGAAUCAAAGCCCUCACGACCCAACUGAGGCCAUAUCGAUGGAGUCCGAGUCUCUUUAUGGGUCAUCGGAGUGCGACUGGUGGAAUACAAUAAUUCCUGAUAUGGGGUUAGGCCAGGCGAAUGAGUUCGGGGCUGGUUUUUCCUUUUUCUCCUAGAAUUGGAAGUAGUCAAAUAGUGGCCACGAACCUUUUCAUUAUCCACGUCCCAACUAUCAAACUAUUUGUUCGAAAUACCAGUGACGAGCGCUGGAAUGUUGAAACACCUACUUGGGGAUCUCGGCCCGUCUUUCAGCUCAUUAAGAGAACAUAGCCUUAUAAAACUAUAUCC